CCUGGGGUUGAUGGAAAGCAUGGAGCACCCUAUGCUGCACUCAUUAAAAUUAGGCUUAGCAGCAGCAUUUGACCUUGUAAAUACCUGCCAAAAGGGUGCUCUGUCCUCCCAGGUAGACAUAGGCUGCCUCCCCCUGCCAGAGCUCAGAUAACAUUGAAGGGCACUGCAGGAUUCAGCCCUCCACGAAAGAAGCUACUGACCUCUCCUGAUUCACAGACAAGGUUUGGGGAAGAGAGCACAAUCUCUGUCGUAAAAGGUCAGCUAUACCUUUUCCUCCUGGGUCUGACAAGGUUCCCUCUACACAGCUGGGUCAGCUUUACCUCAGAGGGAGGAAGACUUUGCUGCCCGUGCACAGGUCUCUGGGGACAGAUGGAGGCUGUAGGUUACUCUAUGUGCAGGUUUUGUAGAGAGUAGUUGCCGCUCUAGGAUUUUUUGGAUGAAACUGAAUAAACUCUUGCUCCAGGGAAAGUUCUUCCAGCUUGAAAUUAAUGAUCCUUAUGCUGGCCCCCUUCUGCUGGACGAGAAACUAGCAUCUCGCUGUGGCUAUGUCCUGUCAGAAGACGUGUGGGGCAACCCCGUCUUCCGUGCAUCGGUGCUUGGCUGCCACGUGGCCAAUGAGGCAGAUGAGCUGUUUUCACUGACUGUGAACAUCAAGGUCUCCUCAUUUCUGAGCAUGAGGGCAGCUGUGACCUACACCUACCCUAUGUACUGCUCCUAUUCCUCCUGGGCUUCAAGAGAAAUCAUGUGUGAAGAAAACUACAUGGAGGUGUCAGUGAAGACUGAUGUCCCUGCAGUUUCAAAUGACUACACUGUAGCAUGGAUGUCGGCGCUGCCAGAGACUCAAAAUGUUGCAUACCAGCUAUGGCAACUGAUGUUUGUUUCUCCGUCAGGGAGAAAGAGAAUAAUGGUAAGCGAUGCAGCAAAACUGGGCUACAGCUUUAAUAACACGCUGUCGCGAGUGUACCUCCGUGCGCCCUAUCACAGCAAUGAGUCUGACAUCAGCGUGGUUAGUGGUGUCAAUAUGAACAUGGUCACUUCCACUUCCAUGUACAGGCAGCGGUGGCUGCUUUUGCUGAUUGACACCACUGUCUCCUGUCCUGUUGAUGGCAUCAGUUUCACUGACACUGCGCUAACAUGGACUGUGCCAAGUGUUAUCCCCACAUUAGUGGUUCAAGAAUCCACCUUUCUGUCUAAAAACAUUUUAAUGGGAGUUGAUGACCAAGUCAUAGUAAACCCAGAGGAGAAAAACUACUUACUGGAGCACAACGAGACGCUCAUCAGAGUAACCAUCCCUAUUGGAGCAGAAGGAGGAAAGCUAAAGAGCUCCAUAUCUGGUGGUGUAUAUGGAAUCAUUUACAGUAUUGACUUGUUUUUGGAGCACACAUGGACAGAUGCAGAUUGGCAAACCACAAAGUAUACAGUCAUCAAAUCCAUCACCACGCCUUUCAUGCCACAAAUACCAACUGUUAUCAACAACACUCUGCCAGAGGAAAGGCUAUUUAAUGUUGCAUUUGGACACUUUCUUCCCGAUGUCUCUCUAGUGGCAAUUGUAAUAGGAAAUGUGCCAUUUACCCUGAGGGAAGCACAGCACCAAGGGUUUAAAAUUUAUGAAACUCCCUUUUCUAAUAGAACGAAAGGAUUUAUCCUGGAAGUCUCUUUUGAUGAUCCACAUGUUCUAAAGGAGUAUGUGAACAGAAAUGAAACAAAAUACACCCUCCUCAUCAACUACACUCUAAGUGUGGGUCUGGAGAUGACACUCUAUUAUCACUCAGCAGAGGUGGAGUGUGUGAUUGCUGGUAUUGAAUUACCAGAAGCAGUUGGUUACUGUGAUGAAGAAAACAUGUAUCUAGCCAUUCCUACUUUUGGCUUGCAACAGUACUGGAACCUGUAUCUUGGUAAUAAGCUCCUGAACCGGCAUGUUGCACUUACCAACGGGUAUCUCGCAGUUACCAAUUCUACACACCUGAUCUUGCAAAUACCUCUGUUUGCUGCAGGAGUUAUCUACGAGGAAGUGUCCUUUCAGAAAAUUAAAGCAAGGUUUGAUGUUGACCUAAAGAAAGUGAGAACUAUGGACACCUUACAGAUGUUCUCCAUUAGAUGCAGUUUCAAUUCUUCAGAGUUUAUAGUAUGCCACCCAGAUGGUACCAUAAUGGUAUCUGCUCAAAUGAAGACAGUUCCUGCCAUUGAUAUGAGUAAAACCAAACUAAGGGAUAGCUCUUGCAAGCCUAGAGAGCAUGAUGAACGACAUGCCUUCUUCAAGUUCCACGUCACUACUUGUGGCACUUCAGCAAGGUUUGAAGGUGAUCAUAUUAUUUAUGAAAACGAAAUCUCUUAUGAGAAAGAGACUCUCCCAGAACAGAGCAUACCAACAAUCACAAGAGAUCCAGACUACAGACUAACAGUCCUGUGCUACUAUCGAGCAAAAGAGACCAUAGUGCUAGGUGCCUUUGCUAGUGAUCCAUCCACAUCACCUCCCUUUGGCUCUGGUACAAUGAUACCAAGAUCAAAUGUUGCAGUACACAGAAGGAUAAGACAAGCCCUGAAUGUAGUUUCAAGAGUGUCCAAAGAUGAAUCUUUCAUGGAAUUCUAUGAGCCAAACAUGACAAUACUCAAGCAACAUGUGGAGCCUGUGUUUCUCGAAGUGGAGCUGAAAGACAAGAGCCCCGACACUGAGUUAUACUUGGAAAACUGCUGGGUAACUGGGUCUCUAGACUCCAACAGCAGCCCAAGAUGGAACAUCACUGUGGACGGGUAUGAGAUUAAUGGCAGUGAAUAUGCUGCAGAGUUCUGUCCAGUAGCAGUUAGCCCCAGGGUAAGACACCCUUCUCAUUUCAAAAGACUAGCAGUAAGGACCCUGGCUCAUCAACUGGAACAGGUGUAUGUGCACUGUUUGGUGGCAGCAUGCUCUCCUACCAACAUGCUACCUGGCAGCCCCUGCAGAGGACAGCGCAGCUCAAGCAGGAAGAGGAAGGCCUUUCCAGGUCACUCUGCAGCCAGCCUCCAGGGCUACGUACUUGCUGGACCAGUCUGGAUUGUCAAUCCAGAUCUAAGAUGAUGCAUGUAAACUGAAUUUGUACCUGAAGGCUUUGCUGUGCUGCUGCUUUCCAAACAGUGCCACCAGGCAUGGGAGCUACAUCUUUCAGUGACCACCACAACUAUCUUGAAGUGAAAAGGCCAGACAGUGGGACUCAGAACACCACCACAACACUGGAAAGUGCUAGGGUCUGCUAACAGGAUAAGUAGUUAUAACCUGUUGCCUCUCUGAAGUGGCUACAAAACAAAACUUAUCAGAAAAUACCCCAACGCUGAAAAAUAACACUUCUUGUUCCUUCUAGUGGUUGAAAUAUGGACUUGCAGAUCACGAAAUUUAUUCCAACCCUGAUUAAAGCUGUUUCUUGUAAUAUUUCAUAAAGUGACUGCCAAUCCUUUCAUGUGAAUAUAAAGUGCAAAUCUGAAAAGUCAAAUAAAAAUAUGUACAAAGUAAUAUAA